ACUCGGUCUACACAGGUUUCUGAUACAGUUUUGUGGGUUUGGGUAUACCGCUUCAUUUGGUGUCUAUGAAGAUUUUUAUACCCAACAUUACCUGACGAAUGAGACGUCGUCUGCUAUAUCAUGGAUCGGGAGCAUGAGCGCAUUUUUAAUAACUGCUUUGGGCCUCGUGUCAGGUUUACUGCACGACCGAGGGUAUUUUCACCAUCUCAUGAUUGUCGGAUCGUUUUUGCAGAGUUUCUGCCUAUUCAUGUUGUCUUUGUCGAAACCCGAUCAGUACUACCAGAUAUUUAUCUCUCAAGGCUUAGGCUUGGGUAUCGCAACAGGGCUCAUGCAUAUCCCUAGCAUAGCUGUAGUCUCGCAUCAUUUCCGACGAAGACGCACGCUGGUUAUGACGUUCGUCGCUGCGGGUUCAUCCCUAGGUGCCAUCAUCCAUCCGAUCAUGCUCAAUAACCUCCUCAACGGCCCUGUUGGCUUCGCCAAUGGCAUCCGUGCAAGCGCAGGGUUGAUCAGCUUAUUUCUCUUAACUGCAUGUCUGUGCAUGCGAACUCGCCUUGAUCCCCCGGCGACACCGGUGAACUGUAUUGUAGUAGGUAGAAAAUGUAUUCACGACAUACCAUUUAUUCUCCUGAUAGCAGGGGGCUUUCUUUUCCAAGUCGCUUUCUUUUACCCAUUAUUCUUCUUUCAACUCGACACUAUCAAGCACGGUAUCAGCAUUAACUUCUCGUUUUACUCUCUAGUGAUUCUAAAUGGGCAUUCACGGGUGUUCAUGAACUUAACCAUAAUGUCGUCGAUUUCGUGCGGUGUGCUCAUUUUGGGUAUGAUUGGGUUGAGUAGCCUGGCUAGCGUCGUUGUGCUUGGCGUGCUUUAUGGCUAUUUUGCAGGGCUGAACACAGCGAUGGGGGCUCCACUCAUAGCUACUUUAACGCCUGACCUCUCUGAGCUUGGUGCGCGGAUGGGCAUCUGUCUCUUUAUUCUUGGAUUCGGAAGUUUGAUUGGAACACCUAUAUCCGGCGCUCUGCUAACGUCGCAUUAUACCUGGUGGAUACCGGGUCUGUUCUCUGGGAUAGUUUCACUGACUGGUACCAUGGUUUUUAUCAUCAUGCGAUAUAUGUUUCUCAGAAGGCAGCGCGUCUUAG